UGGUGGCGAAGGGGGAGGGUCCCGGGGGCGUGCAAGAGGGGGUGGCGUGGACCUCAGGUCUAGGAGAACUUCUGGGCCCCAAACAGAUGGGGCAGCCGCUGCAAGAAGCACUCUGGCCCCCGAGGCUGCGCACGGGCACUUACUUGGGUUCGGGUUGGCAACCUUGGCAGCCGGGGAAGGGGUGCAUUUCCCGUGCAGACCCCGGUCCCCACCUCUGCCGGAAAGUCCGGUGGGCCCCGGGCGGCGGCCGUGGCCCCACUGCGCGGGUGGGCAGACCGAGGCCCGGCCCGGCCCGGCCCCGCCGCCUUCCCCGCCCCCGAGCGCCCCUCCCCGGCCGCACAGCGCCAGCUCAGGUUCCGGCGGCCGCACCUGGGCUGCGCUGCUUCCGCGGGGGCACCGCGCGCCCCUCCGCCAUGGACACGGCCGGCGACCCGGGACUCCCGCCCGCCCAGCCCGCAGGAAAUAAACCACGGCAGAGACCAUAGAUUCCUGUGGACCCCACUUCCCUCCAUCCUUGUUUAGAGGUCUCCUGUGAGCAGCCUCCAUGAGGCUCUGGACCAGUGUAUGACUGCCCUGGACCUCUUCCUCACCAAUCAGUUCUCAGAAGCACUCAGCUACCUCAAACCCAGAACCAAGGAGAGCAUGUACCACUCGCUGACAUAUGCCACCAUCCUGGAGAUGCAGGCCAUGAUGACCUUUGACCCCCAGGACAUCCUGCUGGCUGGCAACAUGAUGAAGGAGGCUCAGUUGCUGUGUCAGAGGCACCGGAAGAAAUCCUCAGUAACAGACUCCUUUAGCAACUUGAUGCACCGCCCCAGCAUGGACCAGUUCACAGAAGAGGAAAUCCACGCUGAGGUCUGCUAUGCAGAAUGCCUGCUACAGAGAGCAGCCCUGACGUUCUUGCAGGAUGAGAAUAUGGUGAGCUUCAUCAAGGGUGGCAUCAAAGUUCGUAACAGCUACCAGACUUACAAAGAGCUGGACAGCCUUGUACAGUCCUCACACUACUGCAAGGGAGAGAACCACAGGCAUUUUGAAGGAGGGGUGAAGCUUGGUGUGGGAGCCUUCAACCUGACGCUGUCCAUGCUUCCUACUCGGAUCCUGCGGCUACUUGAGUUUGUGGGUUUUUCAGGAAAUAAGGACUACGGGCUGCUGCAGCUGGAGGAGGGCGCAGCGGGGCACAGCUUCCGCGCGGUACUCUGCGUCAUGCUGCUACUGUGCUACCACACCUUCCUCACCUUUGUGCUUGGCACAGGAAAUGUCAACAUUGAGGAGGCAGAGAAGCUUCUGAAGCCCUACCUGAAGCGAUACCCUAAGGGUGCCAUCUUCUUGUUCUUUGCGGGGCGGAUUGAGGCCAUUAAAGGCAACGUUGACUCAGCCAUCCGGAGGUUCGAGGAGUGCUGUGAGGCCCAGCAGCAUUGGAAGCAGUUUCACCACAUGUGCUACUGGGAGCUGAUGUGGUGCUUCACCUACAAGGGCCAGUGGAAGAUGGCUUACUUCUACGCCGAUCUGCUCAGCAAGGAGAACUCCUGGUCCAAGGCCACUUAUAUCUACAUGAAGGCUGCCUACCUCAGCAUGUUCGGGAAGGAGGACUACAAGCCAUUCGGGGAUGACGAAGUGGAGUUGUUUAGAGCUGUGCCAGGCCUGAAGCUGAAGAUUGCUGGGAAAUCUCUACCCACAGAGAAGUUUGCCAUCAGGAAGUCCAGACGCUACCUCUCCCCAAACCCUGUCUCGCUGCCAAUCCCUGCUCUGGAAAUGAUGUACAUCUGGAAUGGCUACGCUGUGAUUGGGAAGCAGCCAGAACUAACAGAUGGGAUACUUGCAAUUAUCACCAACACUGAAGAGAUGCUGCAAAAGGGUCCAGAGAAUGAGUACUCGGUGGAUGAUGAGUGCUUGGUGAAGUUGCUGAAAGGCCUAUGUCUGAAAUACCUGGGCCAUGUCCAGGAAGCUGAGGAGAAUUUCAGAAGGAUCAUAGCCAAUGAAAAGAAGAUUAAAUAUGACCACUACUUGAUCCCAAAUGCCCUGCUGGAACUGGCCCUGCUAUUUAUGGAGCAAGGCAAAAAUGAAGAGGCUGUCAAACUCUUGGAAACUGCCAAGCAAAACUACAAGAAUUACUCCAUGGAGUCAAGGACACAUUUCCGAAUCCAGGCCGCCACACUCCAAGCCAAGUCUUCCUUAGAGAAUGGGGCUAGACCUGUCAUGUCAUCGGUGUCCUUGUAGCUUUGUGCAACACUCCAAGGCUGGGAAACAGAAGACAGCUGGACAGAGCUGCUGGAAACAUUUCAAAAAGAUCCCCUCUCCCUACCUUGCCUUUGGGGUCCACUGGUGCUCCAGUGGGAUGGCACGACACAGAUAACUGUGCAGAAGUGAAACUGACAUUUUCACCAGUGUGGCCAAAGGCCCUUGCCAAGGACAGAGCAGGUGGAGCCCACUGCCUGCGCUAUCACACAUACGGGUACUUGUUUUUCACUGUGAUGUUUAAGAGAAUGUAUGAACAAUUUACAUUUUCCUUAGAAAUACAUUAAUGGGAUCAAUAGUUGGCUUAAAAAAAAUAAUCAACAACCAACACCCUGUACAUCAUUCAUUUAACCCAUACUGACCUGGAGGAACAUCUAUGCCACCAAAAGCCAAACUGCUUUUCAGUCUUGAGCAAGUCCUUAGCUUUCAAGGACUGGAAGGACAUUCUUAGCAGAGAUCCUGAGGAAUGUCAUGGAGGGUCUGCACCUCAGGCUCCCAGGCCUUUGGGGGAUGGAUAGAGGUUGCACACAGACACCCACCCACUACCCUUCUUCUUACUCUUCAUUCUCACUCCCUUUGUAACUUUCCAAUUAUAAAACCUCAAACACAUCCUUUUA